AGCGUGAAGUUUUGCCUUUACUCUAGAAGCCGAACCUGUUUCCUGUUGAUCAAAGGAAAGCUGGUCUCUCCGGGUCUGUGUGAGUCAUACUGUGUAACAGCAGACUAACUUUGUUGCUGUCAGCUGACUUGCCUCCGUUAAAACUCAUCGGGACUAGUCAAUGGGAAUCAGUCUUGACUGAAGUAGAUAGUAAAAGAUGGGAAUCAAAUCACUGUGCCUUCUCCUUGCUACAGUUUUGACUGCCUAUUACAUAUACAGCCCCCUUCCAGAGAACGUCGAGGACCGCUGGAAGCUGAUGCUCAUUGGUGCUGUCUUUAGAACUUUAGACCAUGUGGCUACAGUUGCCAACAAGCUGGGUCUCGCGCACCACAUGGAAGUUAUGAUGAGCCUCACAAGUUUUGAACAUACAGCGCCAACAUCGGAUGAAAAGGUCACUGUGACCGACACAGAAUUUAAUGGUGUUCCAGUCCGUUUGUAUCUCCCAAAAGGGCAGCCCAAUUCCUUGAAAAGGGCUAUGAUUUAUAUUCACGGGGGUGGAUGGUGUGUAGGAUCGGCAGCCAUGCAACCCUAUGACCUCCUGUCGAGACGGACUUCAGAAGCACUAAAUGCUGUCGUCGUAUCAGUCGAGUACAGACUGGCACCGAAACACCACUUCCCAGCUCAUUUUGAAGAUGUGUUCACGGUGGCAAAGUACUUCCUGCAGAGCAGUGUCCUUGAGCGAUACAACGUGGAGGCAAGCAGGGUGUGUGUUGCCGGAGACAGCGCAGGAGGGAACUUAGCCGCAGCAGUGGCACAGCAGGUUCUACAUGAUCCUGGUGUCAAAAUUAAAUUCAAGAUCCAGGCUUUAAUGUACCCUGCUCUUCAGACAAUUGAUCUGGACUUGCCGUCUUAUCGAGACAAUGGGAACAUGCCAAUUCUGCCUAAAUCAUUAAUGGUGAGAUUCUGGAGCGAAUACUUUACGACUGACAUGUCUCUAAACAGGGCAAUGGAAGCCAACCAACAUGUCCCUGCAGAGCAAAGCCAUUUGUUUAAAUUUGCAAACUGGAGUCACUGGCUGCCUGAAAAGUAUAAGAAGGGUCACGUUUAUACCAAGCCAGUAUAUGGAAAUUCCGAGCUCGGACAAAAAUACCCAGGAUUUCUGGAUCCAAGAGCAGCGCCACUGCUGGUCGAUGAAAGCAAACUGCGUGGCUUACCCCUUACAUAUGUCAUCACAUGCCAGUAUGAUGUCUUGAGGGAUGAUGGACUCAUGUACGUCUCACGACUUAGGGAGGCAGGAGUUACUGUAAUACAUCAACAUGAGAAUACUCUUCAUGGGGUCGCGAUGUUUAGUGCAGGCCCAAUAAUCUUAACUGUGGGAGAGAAGAUGGCAAAUGACUACAUUGAGUGGUUGAAUAAGAACUUAUAAACAAAGCCACAUCUAUGGAAUGCCUUUGGCUCCAAUCAGUUUGACUUGGGUUUUAUACAGGAGGAAAUGAUCUUUUCUCUGGGUAAUUUUGAUAUUGUACUUUGGUGGUGGUUUGGUAAUUGUUAUAGAAUCCUUUCUUUGAACAAGACUGAGAUGGUUCUUUGGGGUUUCUUUUUUGUUGUAUCUGUCAAAUUAUGCUUAAUUUAAAAUAAAACAUUGGAACAAAAUGAAUGGUGCUUUUCAGGUGUGAAAUUGCUGUUUUGGACCUGUAUGUUGUUCUGGCUUGCUUUUGUGAGGACUCAUGUGAUUCUACCUGGCUCUGCAAAGUGACCUUUUGGCCAAUGGCUCAUAGUACCCUCAGGUAUUUGUCUCAAGUUAAGAUAAGAG